CCUCUCCUCUCUCCCUGCUCCAGCAAGCUGGUGUAUUCAGUGCUGGUGAUGCUGCUCCUCGCCUCCAUCACCUUCCUCCCAGGGCUGGGGCAGCUGAAGGCAUCCAGGCUCACCACGAAGAAGUAUCUCACAUCCCUCCUCAACAACCGCGACCCUCCCCAGCACAGAAGCACAGAUCCCUAGGGGCUCUGGCAGGAUUGGGACUACCCCAAUGCCACCAUCUUCAGUACCUUGGCCUUCUUCAUCACGAUGAAGGUAGUCACCCCCCCCUCCAAAUCACUCUCCGCCAUGGGGCACGUGGUGGGGGAGACAGUGGCCCUGCUCUUCCCCAAAGGGUUCGGUUUGGAGGGGGCCCUGCAGCCCAUCAUCCCUGGCAGCUACACCCUGUCCAGCACGGCUGCCUUUUUGGGCUUGGUGACCCACGCCAUCUCCACGGCCCUGCUGGGGUGCGAGGCCAGUGGUCACCUGAGCCACGUCCUCCCCGUCACCCUGGCUGUGCUGGUGGCCAACACCCUCACCCAGAAGAACCACUCCUACCAAGUGGUGGUGGAGGAGUCUGUGGAGCGCUGUGCGGUGGUUGGCUUUGACAAGGUGCUGGUGGCCCUGAAUGCCUCUACUGAUGCCAAAUACCAAGUGGUGGAGAGUGGAGAGUCACCCAUGCUGGUGGGCACCAUCAGGAGAGCCCAGCUGGUCACCUUCCUCCAGAGCCACAAACAUCCCCAGGCACCCCCAGGAGAGAAG